AUGCUCACAUCUGGCCACAUGUGUCCAGUGACAAAGGAGCUUCCAAACGCGUACGGGCGUCGUCGUGAAACCGACAGCAGCAGCAGCAGCAGCCGGCAAACCUGCCCAAGCAGAAUGCUGCAAUUCGCUCGAAUUCUCGAUACAGCGUUGUGUACUACUCGUUUCAUCGACGAGGGUAGGCAGAGGAAACGUAGAGAAAAUAGCAGAGAGAGAAUGAGAAUGAGAAUGAGAAUGAACAUGAACAUGAACAUGAACAUGAACAUGAACAUGAACAUGAACAUGAACGAACAGCAGCUAUAUUAG